AUGAUUUCUGCUGAUCUUCAAACUAAGAACUUGGACAUAUCUAACAAAAUUUCAUCGCUGCUGAAGUGCGUAACGCUGUGUUACGAUUUAAGCUUUUUUGUUGAAAAUGCUGCUGCCCAAAAGAAGGCUGUUCUCGAAUCGAGUUCAUCAAGUGAAUCUGAAGACGAAGCUCGACCGCAGUUUAUCACUACUUUCGGAGGCGAUGAUGGAAAAGGUAAUUGACC